CUCCAACGCGCACCCCCUGACUCUCACGCCCUAUGCCUCCUCCCCGCGCCCAGAGUCGAUGACCGCCGCCGCCGCCUCCUCCUCCUCGCAUACGCCCUGCCGCCCCGGUCUCCGCAUUCCCCGAUGUUCCUCCGCCACAACACCUUCCUCCUCGUCCGCCUCCGCCUUCCUCCUCACCACCCCCUCCUCCGCCUCCUCCACUACUCCUUCAGCCCCGCCGCCCACCUUACGCCGCAACAUCCGUCCACGCCCCCGGCCCCGGCACCGCCGCACGCCGCCGAGCUCUGGAUCGCUAAGGCGCUCGCAUCCGCGGCCCUCCUACGGCCGCACCGCCUCCCGGCCUUCCGCGCCCUCGCGCCCUCACCGCUCGCCGCCGCGGCCGCGGUCCGACUCGCGCCGUGCGCUGCCGCCGCGCUGCGCAUCUUCUCCGCCCUGCACUCCCCACCGCUCUCCCUACCCCCUUCCGAGCACUCCUACCGCCACGUCAUCUCGUUGCUGUGCCAGUCCGGCCGCCACAGCGACGCCCUCAAGCUGUUCGACCAAAUGAUGGGCCAGUCGGGGUACUUUCCCGAUGCCGGAUUCUUCUCGUUCGUGGCAGGAUCCUGCACUAAUGCCGGCCUUCUUGAUGCCACGGUGACUUUGCUCGCAAAGGGCUCCCAGUUUGGUUGCGACAUUGAGCCGUAUGCGUAUAACAAGCUCAUGAACUCGUUGAUUGCACAUGGUCGCGUGCAGGAUGCUGUUGCUUUGUUUGAGAAUUGGAUUGAAGAAGGUCUGUACUCACCGGAUGUCUGGAGUUUUAAUGUUGUCAUUAAGGGGGUCUGUCGUGUGGGGAAUGUCCAAAAGGCACUUGCAUUGGUUGAAAGGAUGGAUGAGUUUGGGUGUUCACCGGAUACCGUCACACACAAUAUUCUUGUUGAUGGGCUAUGUAGGGUGAAGGAGGUGAACAAAGGCCGUGAGGUAUUGAGGAGGCUCCAGAGGGAUGGUGUUUCCACGCCCAAUGUAGUGACAUACACCUCAGUGAUCUCAGGUUAUUGUAAGGCUGGCAGGAUGGAGGAUGCGAUGGCAGUAUACAAUGACAUGCUUGAAUCUGGGACAAGACCCAACACGGUCACAUACAAUGUGCUUAUUAAUGGAUAUGGAAAGGCUGGAGAUAUUGAAUCUGCAGUGGGAAUGUAUCAGCAGCUGAUGCUCCGUCGCUGCCCUCCUGAUAUUGUGACAUUUAGUUCGCUGAUUGAUGGAUAUUGUCGGUGUGGACAGCUUGAUGGUGCAAUGAGGAUUUGGAAGGAGAUGGCUCAGUAUCAUAUUCAACCAAACGUAUACACUUUCUCUAUCAUCAUACACUCACUUUGUAAGCAGAACAGAUCAGAGGAAGCCCUUGGUCUUCUGAGGGAAUUGAACAUGCGGGAAGAUAUUGCUCCACGAACAUUCAUAUAUAACCCUGUGAUUGAUAUAUUGUGCAAGGGAGGAAAGGUGAAUGAAGCAAACUUGAUCCUAUUGGAUAUGGAAGAGAAAGGGUGUCAUCCUGACAAGUAUACGUAUACUAUUCUAAUAAUUGGGCACUGUAUGAAAGGUAGGAUAUCAGAAGCAGUCACCCUUUUCCACAAAAUGGUGGAGACUGGGUGUCACCCUGACAAUAUUACAGUUGAUUCUUUUAUUAGUUGUCUUUUGAAGGCUGGGAUGCCUAACGAGGUGGAUCGCAUAAUGCUUAUUGCUUCGGGACAUGCUUCAUCUAGUCAGAAAGUUUGUUCUCGCCAGAGCCAAAGACUAGAUACUUCAAUUGCUGUAUAGUUGAACUGUGCUAAAAUAGAGAAUUCAGUGAAGAGCACCUUAACUGCCUCCGGUGCUUAUUUCAGCAUAAACCUGGGAGUUAUCUAGAUGAGAGCAGCAGGCUCUGGACAUCCAUCUAAAAGGAACUCAAGUGUAAAUAUUGAGAUCUUGGUUGCACCAAGGCUACCUAAUUAUCAAGAAAGUAAUCAAACCAAGUUCAUACUGAAUAAGAAUGAAAAGGUUAAGCUAUUUGGUGCAUUGUGCAUUCAGCGAGUUGAUUUGGUGAGUCUCAUGAAGAGGACUCAAACAAGUGUCCGUAGUGCUGCCCUGCUUUAGUGAUGAUCUUGCACACAUCAAUGCUUGGGACGCUCCUGUAAACAUUAUAUCCGGGCAUAGUUUCCGUUACUUUGGGCAUUUUGCCAAGAUUCAAGAGCCACUAUGUUCUGGAGAUUCUUAACUGAACAAGAUUGAAGUAGCAGUUGAUGAUUCAAUGUUUGAAAAUUUUUAUGGAAGUAAAUUUACUCUCUAGCAGAGCUACUUCAGUUAUAUCCUUUCUUCAGUUGAAGACUAUGCUUGAGGAAUUGGAUGGAAGUAAUUUACUCUCUAGCAGAGGAAUUAGAUCAACUUGAUGGAGCUAUAGUUCUUGACCUAUCAAUUUUUGGUUCAAGUGAAGCACUCAAAAUCAUGGAAAAUCAAGAAAGCAUGCAUCAUAUUUUGCAGUUAUUACCAUUACCUUUUUAGAGAUGGAUAGUAUUGGUUCUCCUUCACCAUCUUUAACCAUAAGCUCUCCCUUGGAUCCAAGUAUUCCACAACCAUCUACGACGAAGACAACAUUGUGACUGAGGAAUGCUGUUGUCCAUUUUGCUCGAUGCUGCUCACGAAGUUGAGGGAGAGAUCUGUUGCUUGGAUCUGUACCCCUGUUUCUGUUUGCCUACCUUGCCUCUAGCAAGUUCUGUGGCCAGCAGGCGAGUACUUAUAUUGGAGCAAAGGACAAUUGUUUCAAACAAGGUAGUCUCCCAAGCUGAGAAGCAAUGAGGAAAAUCCAGUAGGUUGGUGUGGUUCAGAGUCUCUCUACAAUGGAAAGUCACUGCAAGAACCUUUUCUUGGAAGUUGGACAAAAGCCCUGCAUAAAGCAACCAGAAAACAACUGCUCUGGUUGAAUAUAGUUUGUCUAACUUUCAUAAAGCAGCAUCUUUCUGGUGGUGUUGCUCAGAAGUUUCUCCUUGGCAAUUGUAUGUAUCUCUUCUGCAAGUGCUUCUGAUGCGCAUUCUAAUUCAUUUCAUUUGAGGUUGCAACACUGCUGUUGAUUUCAUCUCAAACUUCUUGUAAUGUCUCAAAUAUAGAGGGUGUGGCAUUAUUAGAUGAUAAUAAUUUUACCAGAAUGCAGAAUAUUUGUCACCAGAGCUGUUUCUUAUUACACAUACUUUUGUCCGAAUGAAGUAGCCUUGUGUAAUCCAUGUCCAUGGAAAAGUACUUCUGGCGUCUGGCCUCUUGGCACAUGCUCUAUGCAUUGCUACUAUUGUUUGUAAUUGCAGGUGAUCAGUAACUUUUUUUUUUCUGUUUAGCUAUAAAGCUCUCAUAUUGCUCAUGAAUUCAUAAAAAUGUUCUGUUCAGCAGUUAAACAUGUACUGAUACUUGGCAAUCUCAAGGAUUACAUAUGCACCAAACAUGUGGAUUAGCAUGGAAGCAGAUAUGUACUGAGAGGUGAGCAGAAAGAAAAGAAGACGUUGGAUGAAAGGUAAUGAAAAUGGGCGACCUGAUUUUGCUAGACUAUCCAGUUUGGCUGAGCUGCUGAGCAAGCUAUUAACCUAUUCAAGGAAAAUGCCAAAGCGCCAAAUGAAGCAUGUGAAUGAUAGCUACACCAACAAUGAAAUGGAACCUUUGCAUCUUGUUAGCGUGUCAUUGGUUGGUGCCCAUCGUCCUGCAUUUUUGUGCGUUUGAAGAGAUUUUUCUCUCUUUUCAUCUGUGUGCAACUAUUAAAAUUUAUGAAACUGUACUGAACCUAGAUUUAUUUGUUUUAUUUAUUGCCAUUCCACCGGUGA